CGUUAUACUUGUAGUGGUACUAAGAUAUUAGCUUAAACGCAAGUAGCAGUAGGACUGUGCACGGUGCACCUACGUAGGAGUAUGACCAAGCCCCAGUCCAGCCAACAUGGCUGUUGCAGAGUUGACUGCCACCUUAUAUAAACGGCUUGGAAGCGGACAGGCUCUGCAUCACAAAAGCGUCUUCCUCUGCACACGCUAGAGUCCCCAACAAGUCCAAGGGCGUCACAGGCUCACGGCUAGCUAGCUCACAAAUCACAGGUUCACAAUGUCCAAGCAGAAGAUCGUGAUCAGAGCUGAUCUCAUCGGGGAGAAGUGCAAGAGCAAGAUCAUGUCAACUGUUGCCAAGCUCGAGGGGAUCAAGUCCAUGGACAUUGACCAGGACAAGUGCACCCUGACGGUGGUCGGCACCGUCGACCCGGUGCGCGUCGUGCAGAAGCUCAGGAAGUCGUGCUUCGCCGCGACUGUCAUCAGCGUGGAGGACGACAAGCCCAAGGAGAAGAAGAGCCCCUGUCAGGAGGCCUGCGAGAAGGCCUGGAAGGACAAGUACGAGAAGGCCUGCAAGGAGAAGUGCGAGGAGGCCUGCAAGGAGCCGUGCUGCGACGACUGCGGCGACAAUGGGACGCCGUCGUACAACCACGGGUACCGCUGCACGCCGGGCUGCCACUCCAGCCCCUGCGGCCUGCCCAGCUGCCACUACUACAGCAAUGGCUACGGCUACGGCGUGCGCGCGCCGCCGCUGGGAUACGCCUGCUACCAAGAGAGGUCACGCGGAGGCGGAGGAGAAUGCGGCAUCCAGUAAGCCGUUGGUUCAUCGUCGUCCUGCAAGAGGAGUAUGUAUGGCGGUCUGUCGUGUCGUUGGAGUUUUCUUUUCGUACAGUGAUGGUUCCUUUUCCAUUGUAACACGACGGCUUACUUCGAGUAUGAUGCUUCAGUCUGUCAAUACUACUAGUGGCAUAUAUAAAGUAUAAUAAAAGCUCACUAUUUGUGGAUAUUGAUGGUUACCUGAUGAGUUUACAUUGGUGGUUCAAAGUUCACUCCGUCUAUGCGAAAGGGCAAUGAAAAGGAACUUAUUUAAAACGAGCCGAGAUAAGGGAGUGUGCAGUCUGUCAACAGCUUAAUCAAAACAGAAUUGACUCAAACUGGAUGACAGAAGAAACACCACAGAAGAUGGAUGCAUUGGUGAAACGAAAUCACACGAGUUUGAAGGAUCAUCGAUUCGCCGUGCUCCAGGCAGCACA